AUGUUUCUCUGGAAACUCGUCGAAUAUGUGUCAGCGGAUGACGUCGUAGUUAACCUCGCCGACCCCGCCUGGUGCAAAGGCACGGACCUUGAGCGCGAUGCUACAGGUGCGAUGAAGGUUGGAAUCAAAGUGAUGAGUGCCGUUGCGGCGAGGACCAGAGAGACAGGCACGUCAUGCUUUGCUGAUGCUGCUAUCAACAAGGGCAAGGAUUCUCAUGGCUGUUUUAUCAUGAGCUGGGGUAUUCAUCCAUUCGCCGCAUUCAUGUAUAUGCCUGAGGGUCAAGAGAUGAUAGAACGUCUUUGGGAGGAGACAAUGAUUGAGCUUGACUUUGCUGGCAUCCGCAAUGCCUUAGAAUCUAUGCGUUCUUAG